AUAUAUGCAGCAGCAGCAGCUCUGUCUCAUUCAGAUCAGUUUCUCCUCCUUCUCUUUCUUGCCUCUAGCCCACAGCUGCUUCACAUAAAGGCAACAGAACAGCCCAGCCCUGCUCGCCCCCUCUCCUUUACGUCUCUCUGCAUUUCACUCCAGCAGCUUCUCAUUUCGCCCUCCCUCCAAUUAGCAGCACCCCACCCUCUUCCUUUCACAUCAUCACCGGCAUAGGAGGAAGGCUGGGGAAGAAGAGGGAAAGGCUAAAAACUCUGCUGGCACCAAGAGAACAUCUAAAGGUGUUGCUGGAACGUAGGGGGGAUCUGCAGCCACCCAGAAAGCGCAACAUUUUGCAUCCUCACGCCCCCCCCCUGUACAGAGGCUGUUGAAUCUUCCGAGCGGAUCCUCUGCUAUUUGGAGACUGACCUCUCCCACGUCCCGUCAGCUCUGGCCAAGCUCCGCACUGCAAGUUGCAGGAGGGGGAGAGAGCGGCUCUCGCAUUGCUCAGGCUUCAGUUUCUGCAAAGGUCCAUUGGACACCUUGUAUCAUCUGCUGGCAGCACCUCAAGGGCCCCGACUUGUCACGGAGUAGGGGCCCCUCACUGCGGGAGCAGACAUGGAAGAUGGACCUUCUUCUGCAGGCUGCUUUAGAAGGUUUACUGACUGCUUCCUUAGCACAAGUCUCACAGAUGAAAAGGUAAAAGCAUAUCUCUCUCUCCAUCCUCAAGUUCUUGAUGAGUUUGUAUCUGAGAGUGUUAGCCCUGAAACUGUAGAAAAAUGGAUGAAGAAAAAAAGCAAAAAUGAAGAUAUGACGCGUACAGAAGUUAGCAGGCAGUACCAGGAUACAAAUAUGCAAGGAGUUGUAUAUGAACUAAAUAGUUAUAUGGAGCAGCGGCUAGAUGCUGGGGGAGACAAUAAAUUACUACUUUAUGAAUUAAGUGACAUUAUCAAAACUGCUACGAAGGCUGAUGGAUUUGCACUAUUCUUUUUGGGAGAAUGCAAUAACAGCUUGUGUUUGUUCACCCCAACUGGAACAAAAGAUGGACAAACCCAGCUUACUUCUGUUGGACCUGUUGAAUAUGGCACCACAGUAUCUGCACAUGUAGCCAAAUCCAGAAACACUGUGUUAGUAGAAGAUAUUCUGGGGGAUGAAAGGUUUCCCAAAGGUACUGGGCUGGACUCAGGGACACGUAUCCAGUCUGUUCUUUGUUUACCGAUUGUUACUGCGAUUGGUGAUCUGAUUGGAAUCUUAGAACUUCAUCGACAUUGGGGGAGAGAAUCUUUUCAUCUUUGUCACCAACAGGUGGCAACAGCAAACCUUGCCUGGGCUUCAGUAGCAAUACAUCAAGUACAAGUAUGUAGAGGCUUGGCUAAACAGACUGAGCUAAAUGACUUUCUGCUUGAUGUAUCAAAAACAUACUUUGACAACAUAGUUGCAAUAGAUACAUUACUUGAACAUAUAAUGAUAUAUGCAAAGAACCUGGUGAAUGCCGAUCGUUGUGCACUCUUCCAGGUUGAUCAAAAGAACAAAGAGUUGUAUUCAGAUCUUUUUGAUAUUGGGGAAGAGGACGAGGGAAAGCCUGUUUUUAAGAAGACCAAAGAAAUUAGGUUCUCCAUUGAGAAGGGUAUUGCAGGACAGGUUGCAAGAACAGGUGAAGUCCUUAAUAUUCCUGAUGCCUAUGCAGAUCCACGCUUUAAUAGAGAAGUAGAUGUUUACACAGGUUACACAACGAGAAACAUCUUGUGCAUGCCUAUUGUAAUCCGUGGGAGUAUUAUUGGAGUUGUACAAAUGGUGAACAAACUAAGUGGAAGUGCCUUCUCCAAAACAGAUGAAAACAACUUUAAGAUGUUUGCUGUCUUCUGUGCUUUGGCCUUACACUGUGCAAAUAUGUACCACAGAAUACGGCAUUCAGAGUGCAUUUACCGAGUUACAUUGGAAAAAUUGUCUUAUCACAGCAUUUGUACUUCAGAUGAAUGGCAGAACCUCAUGAACUGUACACUACCAGUUUCUCUUUGCAGGGAGAUUGAACUAUACCACUUUGAUAUCCAGCCAUUUGAAGACCUAUGGCCAGCCAUAUAUGUUUAUAUGAUUCAUCAGUCUUGUGGUGAAACCUGCUUUGAGCUUGAAAAGUUAUGCCGUUUUACCAUGUCUGUGAAAAAGAACUAUCGGCGUGUCCCCUAUCACAACUGGAAACACGCGGUUACAGUAUCGCACUGCAUGUACCUUAUACUUCGAAAUAACCAGGAGAUAUUCACAGACUUGGAGCGAAAAGGGCUUCUAGUUGCAUGUUUAUGCCAUGAUCUUGAUCACAGAGGUUACAGCAACAGCUACCUGCAAAAAUUUGAUCACCCUUUAGCAGCUUUGUAUUCCACAUCAACAAUGGAACAACACCACUUCUCGCAGACUGUAUCUAUAUUGCAGCUGGAAGGGCACAAUAUUUUUUCCAACCUGAGCUCCAAUGAGUAUGAACAAGUGUUGGAGAUAAUACGCAAAGCCAUCAUUGCCACUGACCUUGCACUGUACUUUGGGAACAGAAAACACCUUGAAGACCUUCAUCAAAUGGGUGCAUUAAAUCUUAAUAAUCAAUCACACAGAGAUCGCAUGAUUGGUUUGAUGAUGACGGCUUGUGAUCUUUGCUCUGUAACAAAGCUAUGGCCAAUUACCAGACUGAUAGCUGAUGAUAUAUAUGCAGAAUUCUGGGCUGAGGGUGAUGAAAUGAAACGGCUUGGUAUUUCACCUAUUCCAAUGAUGGACAGAGAUAAAAAAGAUGAUAUCCCUCAGGGCCAGAUGGGAUUCUACAAUGCUGUAGCUAUUCCAUGUUAUACAACUCUUUCGGAGAUAUUUCCUUCAACGCGACCGCUUCUUCAAGCGUGCAAGGAGAACCUCAGUCAGUGGGAAAAGGUUUCUAGAGGAGAAGACACCACAGUCUGGAUUCCUUCCCAAUCAGUACCAACAGAGUCCUCUGAUUCACUCCCAGUUAAGAUUGAUGACUGAACAACAAGGACCACUCAAAAUUAAAUUAAAUUAACUUUAUUUUUAAAAUAAGCAUAUUUAUUUGCAGCAUGGAAAGGACCAGAUUUCUCCUAAGGGAAAAAUAAUUAUGAGAAAGAAACACCAGUGAAAUUGUAUUAAUCUGUUCCACAUUUAAAUCUUCAACUAGCCGUUUUAAGAAGAUAUAUUAUAUAAAACUUCAUGCAAUUUUCCCUAUAUAAUUAAUUUCAAGGGUACUUUGAGCCUAUGAUAUACUUCUCUAUUCCCUCCUUAUGGGUUUACUGGUACUUUUAAAUUGCUACUGCCUUCUCGGUUACUGUGGAAUAAUUAAGGAAUUUGAUUAUAAAUAUGAUGAUUAUAGUAGCAUCUUCAGUUCUUGCUGAACACACCAUGUCAAUAUAAUAUUGGUUGUUUAAUACUUAAUGCUACAUUUAUAACACCUUUUAAGUUAGAAAGGCAUAAGGAUCUGUUACAGCCUAGACAACAUUUAUUCUAUACCAUGAAAAUCCUUCUUCCUCCUCAAAUUAUUCUCAUGUUUUGCCUUUAGGUUUGUACCCACUGGAAGAUAUUCUAUUAGAUAUCAACUGUUUGUAAAGUACUUAAAAUGUGAAUAUUUAUUUUAUGGAUUCAUGCUAAUUAAUAUAUUAAGGGAAAUCCUUGAGUGCAGUAGAUUUUGCACACUGCUCACUGCAGCUUUGAAACUCUUAUAUGUUGAAUUUCAGAGACCAAAUUAUGCCUAUGUUUGGUUUAAGGGUGUUGCACCUUUUAAGUAGCUUUUGCAAAACAUCUUUGUAUCACUUUGGGAUAGUUAUACAGUAAUUGUAGGGGCACCUAGACUGCUACAGACCAAAAGUUUUAUUUUUUGUAAUUCCACCUUCCAGAAACCCAUGAUUUGACCAGGCACUUUGGCUGAUGAGACUAUCAUCUAGGGAAAUAAAAUAAUCUAAAAUAUUUUUUGUUCUCUGCAAGCGAACACUCCCCAUAGUUCUGAAUACUCUGCAUUAUGGCAUUUCCAUUGAUGGUUUUCAUUCAAAACAGUUCUUGAUUUUUACAUUCAAUGCUUGAAAUCACUCGCUGUGCUGUAUGAUAGAACACCUGUGUUUAGAAGUCGAUGGAUUUAAUAUAUCUUUAUAACCAGAAAUAUUAUAAAAAGUAGGCUUAGCAAACUUCGGUUUAAAGGAACAGUUGGCCUUUACAGUAACUUUUCAUAUGUUCUAGAUGGUGCUAUUUUAAGCACAGCUGUGCAGAACAAAAAGUAAAUAUUUAAAAAUCAUAAGAAAUAAAAAAAAAUCAAGACCAGUUGCAGUGUGUGUUUCAGGUUAAAAAAUAUUUGAAGUAGAAUAUUCGACUAGAGAAAUUAAAGGAAAGCAACAUCUACCCCAUAAUAAACAAGCACAAUUCCAUUUGUAACUCAGAUAUAUAUGUUCUUCACAGCAGUAACUGAGCAACUGUUACAAGCAAACUCUGGAGUCUAAUGGUUGUACCAAUAGACCCAGGUUAAAGUUGUCUUUUCCAGCCACUAAACCUCUUCUUCCAUGUAGCUGAGCUCAAAUGGUAAAGCAAUAGCAUAGCUUAUGUACAAAGAGCAUUCCUUCAAUUUAUAAAUUAGAGCUGUGGCUUCAUGGAGGAUUGUCAUGGUUGAGGCACAACAUAACAGCAGCACAAACAAGUGGCAUUAUUGGUUUUACUGUGAUAUUAUAUUCAAUGGAGAUGAGCAAGCAUUUUGGAAGAACCCUCUCCUGUCUAUAUCUGUUUGCCACAAAGCAAAUUACACCCUCUUAUUUUUUUUGUCAUAAGAGGUUGGUGUUUUGAAAACCUAAUCAUAUUAAUUUAAAUACAAUUUUAUUUAUUUUAUGUCAAGACAUAAUUUGUGAGACUAUCCUGAACACUCACACUUUUUGUUUAUGGGCAUUAAAAUGUACUUACCCUUCAAUGGCUCCCCAAAUGUUCCUUCUAUUAAAACUAAAUCCAGUGAAAGAAGUGGAGUCAGUAGAGCAGCUUCCUUCAUAGGCCUUAUGAGCAUCUAAAAAAAAAAAAAAACAUUUGCAACCAGGGAA